GCUUGACGCGAUUGUUUUUUUUCCAAAACAGCGAGCAGCUGAGCACUGCGGUGUUUUUCUGAGCACCCCGUCACCAGACACACUCUCUCUCUCUCUCUCUCUCUCUCUCUCUCUCUCUCUCUCUCUCUCUCUCUCUCUCUCUCUCUCUCUCUCUCAAUCUCUCUCUCUCAUUUCACAAACAUUGUUUUUCAUGCACAUCUCCAGGGAUUUAAAACGAAAUAUAAUCACUAAACGACAACCUCGCUCGCCCGCUGGGACGACAGCUGGUGCUGUGAUAACAUCGGGACGGGGGUGGGGGGUGGGGAGGGGGUGAUGCCCUUGACUUGGGGGGGAGGAGGAGGAGCUGGGAGGAAAAUUGGAAUCAUCAUCAUCAUCUAAUGUACCCGAGAGAAGUGCCAUUGUAACUGUGAUCUUCAUUGGCAGGAGUGUCGGCGAUGCUGCGCAUGCUCUGCAAGUUCACUUCAUCCCUGCCGGCUGAGCAGCAGCAGCAGCAGCAGCAGCGUCCUGUAUAGGCGAGCCAUCGAGGGGAAAAUGUUGUGCAUCUGCAGGGAUCCUCGGCCCUGGAGCUCCGCGGGUCGAGCUGAGGAGGCCUGAGACAGUCUCUCCACCCUCCGGAUCGGAUGGUGGCAGAAGGCGAAGUGUGCAUGCCCAGAUAAACAGAGGCUGUCCAGCCUGCGCUUUGCAGAUAAGCAGAAGCUGUGUGAGUCAACUCUCCCUUUUGGGUUGAUAUUGUUGCUUUUUAUUUCUUCUUCCAUUCGUGUGCCAGACUUGUGGGAGUCCAUGUACUUAUUAAUAAUACAUGUCCUGGGCAGCAGCCCCUGAACUGUGAAUGUGUGCUUGGAACUGGGGCGUUUUUUUCUGAACGUCUAAAAGGAAGGAAGGAAGGAAGGAAGGUUUGCCUGUAAGUAAUGGCUGACUGCGAGGAAUCGGAGUUGUCCGAGUCCCUCCAGAAGGAGGACGGCUCCUCCAGCGAGCCGGAGGAGCCGGGCACGGACUUCAAAUCUAAAAGUCUGCCCGUUCUGAACGAAGAGGCGCCUCAGGAGGAAACGCUGCUGGCCAGUUCCGCGUCCAUAAUGGCGGAGGAGAGCGCCGAAUUCAUCCAGCUGACGGCCAAGACCGAGUCCUUUCAGUCCCCGACGAGAGCAAACUACCAGCCCAAGCCGGGGAAGUCGGCGCUGAACAGGCCGAGCUCGUACAUGGAGAGCACGGAGAUCCGCAGGAGUAAAAACAUGGCGAGGAGGAAGCAGCCGGGGAUCUUCGCCUCCAGGCUGGCUCGGAUACGUCUGCCCAGCAGGAAGUACCUAAACGUUUUCGUCCAGGACUCUCGCUGCUUCCUGUUCUGCAUGUGCUACCUGACGUUCAUCCAGUCGCUCAUGGUGUCCGGCUACCUCAGCAGCGUCAUCACCACCAUCGAGAAAAGGUACAGCCUGCGGAGCUCCGAGUCGGGCCUCCUCGUCAGCUGUUUCGACAUCGGGAGCCUCCUGGUGGUCGUCUUCAUUAGCUACUUCGGCGGGCGGGGCCAGAGGCCUCGCUGGCUGGCGGUGGGUGGCAUCUUCAUUGCCGUGGGCGCCGCCCUCUUCUCCCUACCUCACUUCAUCUCCCCGCCCUACCAGAUCCAGGAGGUCAACUCGUCCUUCGGCAACGAGGGCCUCUGCAUGACCAGCAACGCCAGCGGCCGCGUCGAUAUCUCUUCCUGUCCCCGGGACCAGGAGGGCAACGAGCACAACCUGUACGUGGCGCUGUUCGUCAUCGCUCAGAUCCUGGUGGGUAUGGGGUCCACGCCCAUCUACACGCUGGGACCCACCUACCUGGAUGACAACGUCAAGAAGGAGAACGCCUCGCUGUACCUCGCCAUCAUGUAUGUGAUGGGAGCACUGGGUCCAGCGGCUGGUUACCUGCUGGGAGGAGUCCUCAUCGGCUUUUACGUGGACCCAAAGACCGCCGUCACCAUCGAUCAAAGCGACCCCCGCUUCAUCGGCAACUGGUGGAGCGGGUUCCUGCUGUGUGCCGUGGCCAUGCUGCUGGUCAUCUUCCCCAUGUUCACCUUCCCCAAGAAGCUGCCCCCCCGACACAAGAAGAAGAAGAGGAGGAAAAAGGUGAGCCUGGACGACCUGUCCAGCGACGACGACGUCCUCAAGGAGAAGAGCAACAACGUUAAGAGCCAGGCGGUCAACUCGUCCAUGGGCUUCGGGAAAGACAUCAAAGACCUGCCCAAAGCGGCAGUGAGGAUCCUCAGCAACGUGACCUUCCUGUUCGUCAGCCUCUCCUACACGGCAGAAAGCGCCAUCGUCACGGCUUUCAUCACCUUCAUCCCCAAGUUCAUCGAGUCCCAGUUUGGCAUCCCGGCCUCCAGCGCCAGCAUCUAUACCGGUUUGAUUAUCGUGCCGAGCGCCGGCGUGGGCAUAUUCCUGGGCGGCUACAUCAUUAAGAAGCUGAAGCUGGGAGCUCGUGAGUCGGCCAAGCUGGCCAUGAUCUGCAGCGGAGUCUCCCUGCUCUGCUUCUCCACGCUGUUCAUCGUGGGCUGCGAGAGCAUCAACCUGGGAGGCAUCAACAUCCCCUACACCACCGGACCGACUCUCACCAUGACCCAGAGGAACCUGACCGGAGGUUGCAAUGUGAACUGCGGCUGUAAGAUCCACGAGUACGCUCCGGUCUGCGGGUCCGAUGGCAUCACGUACUUUAACCCCUGCCUGGCCGGCUGCAGCAGCGUGGCCAACGACAGCACCGGGAUCCGCAACUACUCGGACUGCGCCUGCGUCCAGAGCCGCCAGGUCAUCACGCCGUCGUCCGGCGGUCAGGGCGGCAACCAGCUGCAGCUCGUCAUCGUCAAGACCUACCUGAACGAGAACGGCUACGCCGUGGCGGGGAAGUGCAACCGCGCCUGCAGCACCCUCAUCCCCUUCCUCAUCUUCCUCUUCAUCGUCACGCUCAUCACCGCCUGCGCCCAGCCCUCCGCCAUCAUCGUCACGCUCCGGUCUGUCGCGGAGCAGGAGAGGCCGUUCGCUCUGGGAAUGCAGUUCGUCCUCCUCAGGACUUUGGCCUAUAUCCCGACGCCCAUUUACUUCGGCGCCGUCAUCGACACCACCUGCAUGCUGUGGCAGCAGGACUGCGGCGUCCACGGCUCCUGCUGGGAGUACGACGUCACCUCCCUGCGCUUCGUCUACUUCGGCCUCGCCGCCAGCCUCAAGUUCUUCGGCUUCUUCUUCAUCUUCCUCACGUGGUACUCCAUCAAGUACAAGGAGGAGCGGGUGGAGCGCUGGCUCAAGCGCCACCUGUCGCCCGUCGACACCGUGGGCAGCCUCGUCUGCCACCCGGGCGGCCACAAGGGACACGCCCGCACCCGCUCGUGCCCCGUCAACAUCCCGCGGAACGACCCCUGCGCCCUGCCCGCCAACGCGCCGCCGCGCGCCGGCCCCCUCAACCGCGGCGUCAGCACCCAGAGUUGCCCCGGCAAUGAGGUCAAAGCAGCAAUGCCUCCUCCUGCGGCCGCGGCGCCGCCCGCCCCCGCGCCGGCCCGCUCGCUGGAACACGUUUCAGCCAGAGUCUGAGUUUCAGAAGGAGGAGGGUGGGGGGAGGGGGGAGGAGGGAGAGGCAGGUCUCACCCACUGACGUUUAUUCUGAAAACCGCCGUCUAAGGUCCGGCUCUCACCUCAUCGUUUUUUUGUUGUUGUUGUCCUCGCUAAACUGCCUCUGUGGGUUAAUAAAAAUGAAUCGGAAACCUCCCGGAUCGGCGGUCGAAAGAUGAAAAGUCGGACGGAUUUGGGGAACCAAACCCUCCUCGGACAUGAAAAAAAAAAAAAACCCGCUUGGUUGCUGAAAAUGUUGAAAGCGACCGUGUGUUUUCUUUGUUCGCCGUCAGCAGCCGGCGAACAAAAGCUCAGCUUUUCCACUUUGGAUGGAGGAGAGUUCACCACUCAAACACACACCCCCCCCCCCUGACCUCGGCAGUAUAUGUGCCUUCUGUCGCCACGGUCCUCACAUGUACAGUAUACAUACGUGCAAACACACUGGACGUCCAGACAGACUGUGCUCCCCCCCCCCCCCCCCCAACCUGUAGGUAGAAGAGUCACCUGAACGGGUACCUCGGCUUCGCCAGGGUACCCCCCCCCCCCUCCUCCACCUCUACCUCCACAUCUGUGUUCUUUUUUAAUUUUUAGUUUUUAGUUGUUUUUUUUUGUUUGAGUUUUUCCGGACACUGCAUAUCAUCACAGCGCUCUCACGGAAACAAGAAAAAGAAAAAGAAAAAGGAGAAGAGAAAAAAAAAAAGGAGAACCCGAUGAAAAUGUGAUACACUGCAAUUAAGUGUUGACAACCGGAAACCGAUGGAAUGGUGCUAAUAUGAAAUAGUCGUGUUUUAGUGUUUCUUUUUUUUUUUUUGUUCUUUUUGCUCAUUUUUAGGGUUUAGAAAACGCUUCAAAAGAACCCGACUGGACAAACGCAGAACGCAUUCCUGUCCCGCGCACGGCCUUUUUGUGCUGCUCCCCUGGCACAAUGACGCGUCGUGUUACCCGCUGGAAGUCGUUAUUGUUUGGCUUUUGCCGGCUCCACACAAUGCAUCCAUACGUCCGAGCGGUCGCCCUCCUGACGAAGCAGCGUGAUAAGUGGUUUAACCUAUUAAAAAAAAAUAUAUAUAUAAAUCUUCUCGUUUAUUCAGUUUUUCUGUGAUUUUUUAUUUUUUUUAAUUUAUUUUUUUUAAACAUUUUAUAAAACGCAGAAAGGCAGCAAAAUGCUCACAUUUGAGAAGCUGUAACUUUUAAAUGUUUUGUGUCUCCGCUCAAUCGGAUUAUUGUUAAGUUAAAUUCAUUCAGUUCACUAAUCGCUGACGGUUUUAGCUCUAGUUCAGACCCCAAUUUAGCUAAUGAAGUAGUUCAUGUGCAGAAUAAUUCAUUUAAAAAAUCAAUUGUUACAAUGCAGAAAAGGUAUCGCAUAGAUAUUACGAGCUUUUUGACAAAAACGAUCUCACGUCGAGCUUCAUUUCGUAGCUUUCGAUAACGUCGUUAUGGAUCUGUAGGAUCUUUUCUUUUCUUUUCUCUGAGCACUUUUGGGACUUUUUCAUUCAUCUUUGCUGAGAAGUUGCAGGUUAACAACAAUAAUAAUAAUAAUAAUAGUACAACUUAUCUUAUCACACUGGCAGAUUAUUGUCAUUUAUUUAAAUGAGCCAACGGCCACUAAAAUCAUCUAAUCUUGUCUUAUUUUUAUUUUUUUUAAGAGAAACAUCUUACUCAAAGAAAACAGGUAGAAAUUAUACUUUAAAAAAAAAAUAAUAAUAAAAAAAAAAGUCAACAAUUCAACCACCAUAAAAUGUUUUUAUUUAGUUAGUUAGUGGAUAAAAUAGUGAACAUUUUAGCGGAUGUAGCUGCCUACAGAAAAAAAGUAUUAUUUUUAAUAAGCAACUGAACAAUCUAAUUAUGACGAUUGAAUGUUGAAAUUGAAAUACCGCUAUCCCACGGGAAUGUUUUAUUUUGAAAACCAUCUAUUUUAAUUGAUGUGGUUUCCUCUUUACUAAAGUCAUUUCGAUUUCUAUUAUUUUUAAGGUCAACAAAUUCAGAUAAGAAUGUUUGUGUGAAUUUAUUUUAUUUUAUUUUGACCUUAGUUAGAAAUGUGUGUCUUAGUUUGUUUUUUUUGUAAAUAUUUUCAACGCUUUGAUUUUUGAAUCCUGAAACGAGUAAACGCACACAGCGGUUUUGCGUUUAAAAAAAAAAAAAUUUAUUAUCCAUUUUUGGCAAAUUCAACAAAAGGGGAAUUUACAUUAAUUCAGACAAAUGGUUUUCAAAGUAAAAUAUUUCAGUUCACCAUUUAGUGUUCACUAAUGGAUCCAUUUCACAGUUGGUCAACCAGUUAUUUAUACAAAAAUACAGAUGGUUAUGGUGAUAAUUUGCUUCCUAUUGGGGGGGGGGGGGGGUGAUUACUCUAUAAAUACAUUUCUGAGCUAUAAGAACCGGAGUAACAGUAUUACUUAUUAAUAAUCCACUUGUUUCCUAAAGAGCAGCUUUCUUGCUCCUGACCGAGUUAGUGUUAAAUCUUUUCCUGCUAACCGUGACUCGUAUGUAUAAUUUAAGAGGCUCUGAGGACACCUGCUGGGUAGAAAUGGAACAGCAUGUAGACCGGAAGGCAUGAAUUCAACCAAAAUCAUGUCUCAGGCCCAGGAUGAGAAGACAGAUAAAUGUGAUAAUAAAAAAUUUAAAAAAACACCAAAACAGUGUUAACAAGGUGGGGGGGGGGCGGAGUCUUCUUGUGUCUCAGACAAUCAGUAUUUUUUACAUUUGAGACUUUGAAAAUAGAUGUUUAUUUUGUGAUUGUUCACUUUCUGUUUCCUCGUCAAAUCAAUCUGGUGAUUAUUUGCUUAGUUCAUUGGUUAAUAGUGUUUAGUGUAUAAAAUGUAAAAAAAAUAAUAAUAAUUAAAUAAAACCUGUUACAGCGUCUCCAA